AUGCCACCCGUUAAACCUUUCAGACUAACAAAGCAAACCGGACCUAAAGAUAAAAAUAAAGGACCUAGACAGUCAUCUAAAAAAAAUCAUUUUGAUGAUGAUUUGCAUGUAGACAAUUAUGGACCUUCAAAUUCGAAUGAUAGACCGAAAUCUCAUCCCCCUCAUUUGAAAGGACGAGAAAUUGGCUUAUGGCAUGCUCGUAAACAAGCAAGUAUGAGAGAAGAUGAAGAAAUGCUGGAUAUGGCUCGACCUAAAGUGAAACCACCUUCUCAUUUAAAAGGCCGUGAACUAGAUCUCUGGCAUAAAGAGCAAAAUCGAUUGUGGCAGAAAACAAAAAAAAAAGAACAACAAAAAGAAUCAGGAAAAUGUUUCAUCAAGUUAAGAAUUGAUGGAAUUGAUUAUAUAGAAGAAAAAUGUAAUAAAAUAGAAGAAGAAAUGCCAAUUCCUGAUGAAAACAUUAAAUCUAAGUCUUAUACAAUGUCAAAUUCAAAAGUAGAUAUUAAAGAUUACAAUAGUCAUAAUUUCAGAGCUCUUAACCUUCUGACUUUGAAAGAUGAAGAUGUAGAUGAAAAUGCAGAGUAUAUAAUGGAUAGAUAUAAAAAACUUGAAGAUUCAAAUUUCAAAAGAAAAUUUUUGGAUAACAUAACUGGGUCUAUAGAAGAAAAUCUUGUUGCUUCUCUUCAAAGUAAUAUGAAACUUCAAAAUGAUCCUACAAAAAAUGCAUUUUUGAAAAAUGAACUUGAAGCCAAAAGUAAAAAUCCAAGGUACAGAUCUAUGUGUGCAAUUAGAAAAAAACUACCAUCUUAUAGCAAAAAAGAUGAAAUUUUAGAAUUAAUUAGAAAUAAUCAAGUUAUUUUGAUAAGUGGUGAAACAGGUUGUGGUAAAACUACACAAAUGGCACAAUUCAUUCUUGAUGAUGCCAUUAUGUCAGGUUGUGGUUCAACAUGUAGAAUCGUUUGUACCCAACCAAGAAGAAUCAGUGCUAUAUCAGUGGCAGAACGUGUUGCUGAUGAAAGGGCUGAACGCAUAGGAGAAGGAAGUGUUGGUUAUCAAAUAAGGCUGGAAAGAAAAUUGGGACGCGAAUAUGGAUCUAUUUUGUUUUGUACCACUGGAAUUCUACUACAACACAUUCAAAGAGAUUCCGCUUUGAAUUAUUAUUCUCAUAUAAUUAUUGAUGAAAUACAUGAACGUGAUACUAUUAGUGAUUUCACAUUAACUAUUCUCAAAAGCAUCAUACCUGUUAGACCAGAUAUCAAAAUUAUACUAAUGAGUGCAACAUUAAAUGCAGCAGCUUUUUCUAAAUACUACAAUGAUUGCCCAUCUUUGAACAUACCAGGAUUCACAUAUCCAGUUGAAGAAGUCUAUCUUGAAGAUAUUUAUUCAUUAAAUAGGUUCAGAUAUUUUCCUAAAAAAAUUUUGAGACCACGCAAAUUAAAACCUGGCGAUCCAUUUCUUGAAUUUGUAGUUCCUUAUGUUAAUGAACUGAGAAGAUCUAAAAGAUAUCAUUCUGCAAUAUUGAAUUUGUUGGAAAAUCCAGCAUCUGAAGAUACGGAUUAUGAAUUGAUAUUAGAACUUAUAAAUUACAUUUGUAAUAAUAAAGAUGAUGGAGCAAUACUUGUGUUUCUUUCUGGAUGGGAUCAAAUAUCUAAAAUGACUAAAAUUCUUAAAGACAAAGGCUUUGGAAAUACAUCUCGCUACAUACUUAUUCCUUUGCAUUCCAUGUUACCAACUGUAUCUCAAAAAUCUGUUUUUGAAUCACCACCAUCAGGUGUUCGUAAGAUUAUACUAUCUACAAACAUUGCAGAAACUUCAGUUACUAUAGAUGAUGUAGUUUAUGUUAUUAAUAAUGGCCGUAUGAAGUUAAAAGGAUUUGAUGCAGAAAAUAAUAUUGGGACUCUAAAAGAAGAAUGGGUGAGUUUGGCCAAUGCAAGACAACGUCGUGGUCGAGCAGGCCGUGUAAGGUCUGGUAUUUGCUACCAUUUGUAUACAAAAGGACGUGAAAAUUCAUUUGAUGAUUAUGUACUACCUGAGAUGAUGAGAACAAGUUUAGAAGAAGUAAUACUUCAAGCUAAAAUUUUACAAGUUGGAAUGGUUACUCCAUUUUUAGAGAAAGUUAUGAAUCCACCUGAAACUAAAGCUCUUGAAGUGGCUUUAAAAUUAUUAAUUGACCUGAAUGCUUUGGAUGAAAAAGAAAAUCUUACUCCAUUGGGCUUUCAUUUAGCAAAAUUACCAAUUGGUCCUCUUGAAGGCAAAAUGAUUAUUCUAGGUACAAUGUUUAGUUGCUUAAGUCCAAUAAUGACCAUUGCUGCCAGUUUAAAUUUUAAAGAUCCAUUUGUUAUGCCGACAAAUAAGGAAUACCAAUGCCGCGAUGUAAAAAAAGAAAUGGAUGAAGGUCACCUAAGUGAUCAUCUCAUGGUCACUAGAGCAAUGAGUAAAUUUUUACAAGCUAAACAAGAAAACAGGGCUUGGGAAUUUUGCAGAGAAAAUUGUUUGAUGUACAAUACUAUGAAUAUGUUACAUGAUUUAAAGUCUCAAUAUGCCAAGUAUUUAUGUGAUCUGGGAUUUAUAAAAAGUUCCAACUAUUCAGAUCCUGAGUAUAACCAAAACUCAAGCAAUGUUAAGCUUUUGAAGUGUGUUUUAGUUGCUGGUUUAUGUCCCAAUAUUGCUGUUUGCAAUUCCAAAGUUAAAGCAAACGGUCGAAAGUUAUCAAAAUUUGUGACUGCCGAAGAUGGAAAAGUUGAAAUUCAUCCAAAAUCUGUGAACUCUAUUGAUAAUUACUACAUUAGUCCUUUAUUAUUAUACCACACUAAACUAAAGACUACUUCAAUAUAUUUACAUGACACAACUAUGGUUUACCCAUUUCCAGUAGUAUUUUUUGCCAAAAGCCUCAAAAUAACUGGCGAAAAAACUGAUCAUAUUUCAUUUAGUCUUAAUUCACAAGUAAAUUUCACGUGUUCAGCUAGAACAGCAAAUCUUAUUAAGCUCGUAAGAAAUAGAUUGAAAUGGUUGAUUGAUUAUCUAAUGUCACACCCCGAAGAAAUAAGUUUCAAUUCAAAUUCAGCUAGUGGAAAAGCACUAAGGCUUGUUGUUGAUCUCGUAUCUGCAGAAGAACAUCCUGGUGUUUUACAAUUCUCUUCAUAUUAUUAAUUUUUAUUAAUUUAAAAAUAAAAAUAAUUUUCCACCAUAAAAUAGUGUGUGAUUUAUUAAA